AGUGUUAUUUGAACCUCAAAAGGAUAAACAUCGCAGCAAAUAGUUGUAACAAUUAAAUAAAAACUCUUAAGAAACAUUAAAAAAUAGGAGAAUUAGAGAAUGCUGAGACCAUCGUCUCUUUAUCGUUCAGAUUCACGACGUGAACCGACAAUAGAAGCGUCAGCAAAUAACAUUCACAAAGACUCCAUUGACUGCGGAAUUUCAGUAUUGAAAUGCUGCAACACGCCAAGAUGUCAAAAAUUAGCCAACAAGAAAACAUUUAUGAUUGUUUUAGGGAUAUGUGCAAUCUUGCAAGGCGCCAUUGAAUCAUAUUUCAGAAUUUCUGCUAAAAAAGCGGCGAUGAUUCAUAAUUACGAUCCAAGAAUUGUUGAUUGGCUGCUUGUUGCUAGUGGAAUCUUUCAAGGAACUUUUGCUAUUAUCGUGGCACAUUGGGGAAAUAGACUUCAUCGAACAGCAUGGCUUGGUGGACUUUUCAUGUUGCAAUCAAUUUUGUGCAUCAUUGUUAUCAUACCAACGAUAGUAAAUAAUACUGCUGAAAACAACACAAUUGACGCCAUUGAAAACUCAGUUCUUUGCAUAAGAUUCGCUUCAGGUGCUUUACAGCUUGACAACUCUCAUGGUUUCACGACAUUAAUUCUUUUAUUCGUUUUACAAUUUGGAAUUGCGCUUGGAAUGAUUGCAUUUUACACACUUGGUUUCAGUUAUUUAGAUGAUAAUUUACAUGAACAUGAAUCGCCAGCUUUCCUUGCUGGUGCUUUGGCAGCGAAGUUUUGGGGAUAUCAAUUUGGAACUUUAAUUUCGUUUCUUGUUGGAUUGACAUCUUUGGGAUGGUUUGCUGGUUGGAUCUUCUUAUCACCAAUUCUUUUCGCUAUUGGAUUUAUUGCUGUGCUUUUCCCAAAACGUCUUCUUUCCACUGUCGUAAGACAAGCUGCAAACAGCAUUUUAGAGCGAGCUACAAAUUCAAGUCAUGCUUCACUUGCCGAUACGAAAUUCAUGGCUGACAUUGAUUUCUUCCCAACAAUUAUUCGACUUUUUACGAACAAAAUUCUCAUCUUAAAUAUUCUUGCCGCAGUUUUCAUUCAAACAGCUUUCAUCAACUUCUCACGACAUGAAACAAAUUAUUUACAAUCAAGAUUCUUCCUGCCAACAACGGAAACUGACGGAAUUCACCGCGAAUGGACAUCGCAAUUGAUAACGAGCUUAUUGAAGCCACCAGUGGUUGCAUUAGCAAUUCUUGUUACUGGCUUUGGCAUCGCAAAAAUUAAUCCACGACCAAGAAAACUUGUGAUUUGGAAUAUUACUGCAGCAAGUCUCGUUGCUGCAUUCUUUAUAACAUCAAUUUUCAUCGAAUGUGAGAACACAACAAUUGCUGGUUCACAACGUGGCAAGAUUCUUAUGCCACUUUGUGCUCAAUCAUGCUUCUGUUCUUCGAAUGUUCCUUUCAUGCCUGUUUGCCCAGAAAAUGGCGUUCAAACUUACUAUUCUCCAUGUUAUGCCGGGUGUGGUGCUGAAAUUUUUAUCAACAACGUUCGAAUGUUUGGCAAUUGCAGUUGUGGUGUUGAUGUGCAAAUGCCGAUGACAAAUCUUAUGGCAACUGAAGGCGCUUGUGGAAUGGAAGAAUGUCAACCGUUUUGGAUUUCUUAUCAGGUUUUCUCGGUGAUUAUAGCUGGUUUAAUAGCAUCAACUUUAAUUGGAAAAUUGAUUAUCACACUGCGAGCUGUUCUGCCACAAGAUAAAGCAACAGCGAUUGGUGUUGAAUUAUUCGCUUUAGGAUUAAUCAUUUUCAUUCCCGGGAAAAUCGCUUAUCGACUUAUUGCAAAUAACUUCUGUCAAUAUGCUGCACCUGAUCAAUUUCUCUGUUUCCUACACGAAUCUCCUGAUUAUGGAGAUUGGCUUAAUAUUGUGACAGCUUCAUUAAUUGGCAUUGGAGUAAUUUUUGAAGUCUUCCUUCUAUUUAGUGUAGGAGAUUUGCCACUUUAUGGAGAUGAACCGGAAGAUGUUUAUAGACCAAUUGAAAUGGAAAACAUUAGAAGAGAUGACAAUGAAAAUGUCACAUCAAACACAGCUCUUCUUUCUAAUAAUAAUAAUAAUAAUGGAAAUGAAUCGAUGCCCAUUCAAAAUGUCAACAACGGUGUCACUUACGCUCAAAUCCUUCGAUCAAAUCAAAAUCCAAAUCAAACUUUAACAUCUGAUAAUAACAGUGAACAAUUUGAUUUUCGUCUUCAGACGCCAUCCCAAACACGUCCACAAAUGUUAAUUCAUGGAGAAGGAAUAACAUCAGGUCGAAGUUCAGUUUCAAGUGGAUACAUUGACUUAACGCAAAACAUGAAUCAGAGAACACAAAGACCGGUCGCUAGACCGACAAGUCCUGAAACCAGUUUCUAAACCCUUUUGUUCUUUCAACUUUCGCUUUAAGCGUAGAUUUUUAUUAUUAAAUUAAAAAAUGUUUCAAGUUUUCAUAGAUUAUGAAAUAAACUUACCUGUCUCAAUUAUCUAUCUAAAUAAACUUUUCAAAGUUCACUGAAAUGCCAAAAAAAGAUUCUGCAAGUUAAAUUUAUCGAAAAAAAGAGAAGGAAAAAAUAAAUGAAAAAAUGUCUGGAAACACGGCGUUGACGACAGCAAGACAGCAAAACAGCAAAAAUCCUUUUUUUCUUAUUUCUCCCACCAAAAACACCAACAUUCUCUCUCUCCCUUUCUUUCUUACUCCUCUUCCUCCCCCGUUAAACAAUUUUUCUUUUCUAUCUUUUCCUAGAAGGAAGUGAAGCGCCUGCAAACAGCAACUUGUCUUUCUUUGAUGUAUUUGUAACACUUUCAUUAUGCAUUGUUUUGUUCUGCAGGAGCCGCACUAAAUUCAGGAAUCAGCUUAGUCAUAACACGAGACAGGACAAAAUUCAGGACUUUAACGCCAACACGGCAACCAACGCACCAACAAGCCGCAGCCUGCGUGUAUUCGGUGUAAAUCUG